AUGUCGCGUUUCGCAUAUCCAGUGAAUACUGCCAAGAUAUGGCUUCGCUCGACUAAACAAUAUGUCACUUUGCUGAGGCGGCCCGCCAUGCUCGAACAUGCCGGUGUACCAAAGAGCGAUGUGCCUAAAUGGGUUGGCUUCACCACUACGAUAACCGCUACCUGUGCCGGCUUAAUGGGCGUGAUAUGGGGUAUGGCUUCUGAUUCCAUGGGUCGGAAACGUGUUAUCCUGCUUGAACUCAACCUCAUGUUGGUAUUUAUUCUACUGUUUGGCUUCUCACAGCACCUCGCCCUCCUGGUGCUGUUCCGGGCAUUGCUGGGUCUCGUGAGUGGUAGCGUCGGUAUUAUGCGCACCAUGAUCGCAGAGAUGGUCCCUGAGAAGCUACUACAGCCAUAUGCAUUCAGCAUCCUGCCAACUGUCGAGACAAUUGGGUCGGGGUUCGGUCCCGCCCUAGGAGGAUUGUUGGCCCAGCCAGCAGAGCAUUAUCCUGGCAUCUUCGGCAAAAUUGGACUCCUUAAGAUGUUUCCCUUUGCCUUGUCUAGUAUCGCUUCUAGCUGCGUUGUUGCUGUCGCUAUUACUAUGGCAUCUUCUUCCCUUCGUGAAACACAACCCGGGCGGAAAGACUCCCCUGAUGACUCUGGAUUGAUGAUCGGAAAAAUUAUGAGUAGCGUGUGGGCGCUGCGUAAGAGAAAGACCGAUAUCCGACCGGAGGUCGUUGAUGAGACAACAGCUCUGCUCGGUGACACAAUAGAAGAAGUAGAAGAGGGCUUGGAGCAGAGAGCAGCUGCCCUUGCAAGCAGUUGGAAAAGUGUUAUCUCUCCACAGCCUAUGCUCCUAAUGCUGAUAUCAGGUGUGAUGAGCAUGCAUACCGUGGCUUUCGACUCUUUGUUCCCGGUACUUUUGCAUCUUCCUAAGCAACACUUGAAGGAGAAUCCAGAUGUGCACCUGCCAUUCAAAUUCAGCAGUGGACUAGGGCUAGAAGCAAAUGAGAUGGGGCUCUUCUAUUCGAUAGUCGGCAUAUUCAGCAUGGUAGUCCAGCUCGUCAUCUUCCCAUGGGCGGCCAGAAAGUACAGAAUCCUUAGAUGUUUGAGACUGGCUUCUAUCGUUUUCCCCAUUCUGUACUUUGUGGUCCCAUUUGUCCCUCUUCUCCCGCAGCCCCUGUCCAGUGUGGCAGUAUGUGCACUGUUGAUCUCGAAGAUGGCCGGAUCUGCCUUUGUUUUCACGUCCUGCACAAUUCUAAUCAGUGAGGUAGCGGGAGCCAUUGGCAUGUUAGCCACGGUGAACGGAAUAGCUACGAGUAUUAUCGCCUUUGGACAAGCUCUUGGACCGGGAGUCAUGGGCCCUGCAUUCUCACUUGGUGUGAAAAUUGGCUACACGAUUAUGCCUUGGUGGUUGCUGGCUGGGUUCGCGUUUCUGAGUUCGCUUCCAAUAGCUUGGAUUACAGAAAUGGAUAUCCAACUUCCCCAGGAAGAUUUUCUUCCUAGUGAGGAAGAGCAGCGCGUUGGUGAUGUCGAGGAUUAUAUGGGAGGCCAUGGCAGACAGCCUUUUCCGGCUUAG